UGCAGCUGGCAAAAAAAAAAAUACUGGUUGACGUUUAACUGAUUUAUGAACAAAUCGCGUGUGUGUUUGGUACAUCUUUUUUUGUUGUCGUUUCUUAGCUAACACAUGACCUGCAAUUUACCCAGUGUACUGGCAGUGGUGGAGGGAGCAAAAGAGGUGAGUUUGCAUCUGUGUGCAAGCGGGGGGCAGCGAGUGACUGAAGUGCGGCAGGGAGGGAGAGCUGUAUCGGUCAGCCAUGGGUUUCCGUAAGAAGAACAAGAGCCCGGCGGUGCUGAGCCACGAGUUCGUGAUCCAGAAUCACGCCGAUAUGGUUUCGUGUGUGGCUAUGGUCAUUCUCCUCGGCCUGAUGUUCGAGGUGACAGCAAAGUUUGCCGUCAUGUUCAUCACUGUCCAGUACAAUGUGACGCAAGGUCUUGAUGAGAGGGCUGAGCCAGUGAACCUGUACCAGUACGGUCCUAAAGACCUGGCCACCGUGUUCUUCUACCUGCUCAUCGCUGUCAUACUCCACGCCUUAAUACAGGAAUACGUUCUUGACAAAAUGAAUAGGCGGUUGCAUCUGUCAAAAACCAAACACAGCAAGUUCAAUGAGUCGGGACAGCUUGCUGCCUUCUACUUAAUCUCCUUCAUCUGGGGCUGCAGCAUCUUAACAGCGGAGGAAUUUGCAACAAAUCCUACUUUCCUAUGGGCGGGCUAUCCACACACCCACAUGGUCUUUCAGGUGAAGUUCUUCUACAUUUGCCAAAUGGCCUACUGGCUCCACGCCCUUCCUGAGCUGUACUUCCAGAAAGUGCGAAAGGAGGACAUUCCCCGCCAGCUCUAUUACAUUUGCCUUUACGUCUUCCACAUCACCGGUGCCUACGUCUUAAACCUCCACCGGCUGGGCCUGGUGCUGCUUGUACCUCACUCCCUGGUGGAGCUCCUGUUCCACGCCUCGCGCCUGUUCUAUUUCAGUGACGAGAACAAGCAGAAGGGUUUCACUCUGUGGGCGAUGCUUUUCGUCAUCGCACGCCUUGUCACCCUCACCCUCUCCGUACUGACAUUCGGCUUCGGACUGCCCCGUGCAGAGAACCAGGGAUUCUCACUGGCGGAGGGAAACUUUAAUGUGCUCACCGUUAGGAUGACAUGCCUGGCUGCCAUUUGCCUCACCCAGGCUUGGAUGAUGUGGAAAUUCAUCAACUUUCAGCUGAAGAAGUGGAGGGAGCACAGCCAGAGCCAGGCUUCCAAGGUGAAGGCUAUCAGCCCAAAGAGCAAGCCCCACAAGAAGGACCCAGUCCGGGGAGGUUCUGCCAACGGUGUUGGUCUGAAGUCUGAUGACAAGACAUCACCUCGGGCAAGAAAAGCCUUGUAGAGAUGGAGGGAGAGAACUAAGUGAGGGAGCUGCUCUCAAUGUGACACUUUUCACCACAUAAAAAAAAAAGUUAACUUACUGUUCGCCAAAACAACCACUUAAGCGCACAAAGAAACCGUAACUUAACCAUCUCUUGAGUUAGAACUGUUAAAAACUAGGUUCUGUUUUGAUGACCUGAUACGUGUGUUCAGUCGUUCUUUCUCAGGAUGUAAUUAAUGUAGGUCGGGCAUGGUCGACUGGUUAAACGCUUUAACUGGAUAAAUUGGUCAAAAAGUGUCCCUUUUGGAGAGGACUUCCUAUUGCAUCCAGCUUCAGGGCCUGAUUCUAUCAAACUUGUUAACCGGGUUUAUGAGGAAGUCAAACAAGUACCGUUCAAUUUGCAUUGCAAGAGUGCAUGUCAGGAUUCAUGUUCUCACCCGAACAUGUAAAAGAAAGAAUGGGCAAACGUUGGGCAUAAAGUUUAGCCGUUUACCUGGCCGUUGGUUUCGAUUGAAUAGGGACCUCACCAUUUAACUCCUAAAAGGUGUCUGUUUACUGCCUGUAUUGUUACCUGCCUUUUGCCAUAUGAAACCUGGGCUAUUAUGGGAUUGAGGGCACUGUUUGUCAUUAGUAGCCCCCAUCUUCUGACUCAACCGGCCUUCAUCCAGGAACCGGAACUCCUGACGGGAGAUACUGUCUUUAUCCAUGCAGAACUAGAUCUCUUCAGCAAAUGAUGCAUUCAUGUAAGAGUAGGAUUUGUGCAGGUGAGGUUUGUGUUUUCAGUUCAGGAUUUUGAUCCAUGAUCUCUUCAUUUAACAACGGCGGUCCUUUCUGCGCUCAAGUUAUUGUUAAGCUUCGAGGGUCAUGGUUGGGUUUUGACGUGCUGUCAUGUUUUGAGUUUGCAUAUCUCAGAAGCAUUCGGUGGCCUUUUUCACAUCUGCUGGUAGAGUUUUGAGUUAUUUAUUUCAGUCGUAUCUUGUUUUUAAAAAAUAUCUAUAUAUCAUGCUUUGGCAACUCUCUUAACCAGCAUAGACGAGGUACAAAGUGAAACGCUUUGUCUCGGCGCUCAACCCAAAUAAUGCAAAACUCCUUUAAGUGUCCUUAAAAUGUCAGUGGUGCGAGCUGUGAAAUUUUCCUUGGGUUUCCUUUUCUGUUUGCCUUUUUUUAUAUCGGGGUAUAUGAUGGCGGGCAGCUGCCUCCGGAAACACCUACCUAUUCUACUGUACGCCCCGUUCUCAGAUGGGAGAGGUGUCUGUUGGUGCGUGUUUGAGCCCUUGCAUUGUUACCUGUGGUAAUGCUUCUGCUGCGUCUGUGAGGAAGUGAAUGCGCCGCGUGAGUCAUGCUUUCGUCUUUGCUUUUUUUCUUGGUGGUGGGGGGGGGGGGAGACGUUGUUUCCCUUGUGGCAUUAUAGAAUGCGACACAACCAGUUUAUAGACUCCCCUCGUUUCCUUUUUAAAUCCUCUACCUUGUUUUCAUUUCACCCUUUUUUGUUCAUUGACGAAAGGCCUUUGUAACGAAGAAGAUGAGUGACAACUGAGUACUUUCUAUAUAAAGUUAGUUGUUGGAUGCUUACAACCUCUGGCCCUUCCUUAACCUUGUCCUGUAUGAAAGGGAUUCUGUGAGUUCUGUUUGCCAAAUUUGGGGGGGGAUUCUUGCUCCACCUUUCCAGUGAUUCAGACGUUUGCCUUUGGACACUUAUGUCCUACUGUAGACCCAAUGCUGUUGCCACAAAUGGGCCAAGUUACCAGUCCUGCUUUGGUGAACCUGAUCUCAACUCUGCUUCACCAACUUCUCUGACUAGCGUUUAUAGUUGGCUGACGCAUGUACUGGUCUGGGACCAGGCUACUUGUUUGGUAGGUUGCAUAGUUUAUUUGUUUUUUGCCAGGAAGUACAUGAGUCGUGACUAGUUUAGUCCUCAUAACGCUCUAUCUUAAGUUGAGUGUGGAGGACUUGUGUUCUGUUAUGUGGCAAAUGUCUCUGAGGAGGAAAGGUGGAGCAGAGGACCUUUUUUACCUUUUCUGUACUUUACAGUAUCUGAUGUUUAAAAUCUACAUGAAUCUAACGCUACACUGUACUAAAAGUGGUCAGAAUUUUUAAAGCUAUUUUUAUAGAUUUGAAGAACUUAGUUCACCAAUAUUCAACACAUAUAAAUAUCUGUAUUUUGCAUCCACAUUGGCAUGUUUUUCUACAUCAAAAGACAAAGCUUUCUCCCCUUUCUAAGUCAGGGUUCACAUUUCAGUUUCACCAUCGGGAUGUAUAUAUUGAGUAGAGUAAAUGAGAACCACUCUGCCAUAAGAUGAUGCUCAGAAAGCACUAUGUGGAAACUGUACUGUAGUUGUAUUGUAUUCUACUGUAAUUGCUAUCUGCUGUCCAUGGCACUAGGUAGCAAAGCUACUGUUUGAUCAGCAAGGAUCCUGAUAUGUUUUUUUUUUUAUUGUUCUAAGGUGUAUUUAAAUCAGUGGGUCGUCCUACUCUUACACUAGCCUGAUCCCAGACCUGUGUCUUCUUUAACCAACUCCUCUGCUAGCAUGACAACCAUAGUUAGAGACGUUGACUAGGAUAUUAGUAUCUGAUCAAGGACCAGGCUAUUGCUGACCCUGUAAAACAACACAUUUCACUUCACCUAGCUGGUGUGUGGCACUAACACAUCUAACUAUAUACAACACUUUGGUGAAGUGAUAAUUACAAUAAAGGAAAGAUUAGCAUUUUGCCCUUCAUCCAUUCCUUUAUGAAUUGAUUUGAUGUCAUGAUACACUGAGGGGGCCGAGGAACAGGAGUUUCUCUAGCCAGGUUAGGACACAUGAUAACCCUCUCUGAGUUGUCUUCUCAAUGCUACAACCGCUAUUGAAACAUACAGUGUAGUGAAGCAUGACACCAAUGGAUGCCACUGUGUACUGUCAGCAUGUUUGGUUGUAGCACUGUUCUGUAGCCUAGCGCGAGUCUUGACUGCAAGGACCGUUUGUUCUCUGGUAAGGUGGCAAUGGGCCAACACAAUUCAAAGUCCCAUGCUAAUAAUGUAUUAGUGUAUAUCAGCCGUUUAGGUGGCAACGACCAUUUGAUGCAUUUGCAAUGGGAUGCAUACUCCUUCAUAGCAGCCAGGUACGUAGAAGAAAAACAUGGUUAUGGUUCAUGCACUGUCCUUGUUUUGUGGUGUUUUUGCUGCUUGCUUCUCGAUUUAAAAAAAAAAUAUUUAAAAAAACGUGUCGUCUCUGAAAUGCUCUGGAAUGUAAAUUUAUGCAAAAAUCUUGGUAUUUCUUUUGUUUGUACUUAAUUCAUGUUUGAAUAAAGCCUUUGAUUAUCCAGA